UGCUAUCGACAGUCCCAACUUGUUGCAAGGGGUAAGAUGGCGCUCCGAACGGUCCUUCUCGUCGUGUGUUUCAUGGUGAUACUUCUCAUGACGGGAUGCCUAGCGCGGCACAGACGUCGACAUCACCGAGCAAGCAGACGACGUCCACCGCUGUCGGAGUUCCCCCCACGCCUGCACGCCCAGUUUGCCACCGUUGCCAAUAACUUCACGUGGAAUCUGUACAAACAGUUAUCCUCUGGUCGGAAAAACCUCGUGUUCUCCCCUGUCAGUGUAUUCAAGACUGUGUCAAUGGUCUACCUCGGAGCAACCAACGUCACGGCUAAAGAAAUAUUCAAUGCAGUGGGAUAUGAGAUUUUAAAAAGACCCAGAAAAGUUCGUAAGGCCUUCCGCCAUUUUGCCGAAAUGAUGCGCAGACCUAUGCGCAAUGUGUCGUUCCAAGUCGCCGAUGCACUGUAUGUCCAUGAAUCGAUUCAUCUGAGAAACAGAUUCGUCAAACGGAUGAGGAAAUUCUAUAAAGCAAAAAUACGGACAUAUAAUCACAACACGAAGAACGCAGCAUUGUCUUCGCUGAAGAAAUGGAUCAAAAGAAACACCCGAGGCAAGCUGAAUGACUUCAAGACGAAUUUAUCAGUGAAAAGCAAAAGGUCGUUGUUGUUCAUGAACGCCGUAUAUUUCAAUGGCUCUUGGGACAUGUUGUUUGACCGUACCCUGACCAACCGCACCAUGUUCGACGUCAACAAACACACACGAGCCGAUGUCGACAUGAUGUUUUGUGACUGGAGGUACUAUUAUAAAAUUAACCCUGACCUUAAGGUCAAGGUCAUCGAAAUACCAUAUGACUCACACAGGUUUAGUUUCUAUAUAAUUCUACCCGAUGAAGUCAAUGGACUUGAGGAACUAGAACGCAGAUUGACAUCUACGACAUUUCAGAAUCUCAUAACAGACAUGAAAGGACCAGCACGGUUUCAUUUGCGCAUGCCGCGUAUGAAUCUCAUGAGUGACCUUGACCUUAAACCCCAUUUGAAGAAAAUGGGGAUCAACGAUGUGUUUGAGAAGAAGGCAGAUAUGUCGCCAAUAGAUGGCACUAAGAAUUUGUUUGUAGAUCACGUGAUGCACAUGUCGGUUCUAGACGUGGAUGAAGGCGGCAGUGUGGGGUCAGGGGUCACCGGGGCAGGCAUAGCUCUGAGGUCAGUGCCCCCGGAGUUCAUUGCCGACAGACCCUUCAUGUUCGUGAUUAAAGACAAAUUAACCAAAACUGAUUUAUUCAUGGGCAAAUAUUCAGAUCCACGUGCCUCGUAAUUAUGGAGAAUAGUUUGUUCUUGACCGACUUUAUCAGGACAACUCCCGAACCUCCUUCGAGAAUACGGACCUAGUGUGAGGUGGACGUGGAAAGCAAAACAAUGCAAUUUUUUAAUGUGAUUUUUCUCAUUGAUGAGGAUGGUGGUUUGAUAUGUACCGGAGAGUCACACAGAUGUGACAAUAGUGUAGGACACGGGUCUCAAGACAGCACUCCGCGUUCAAGUCAGUGACUGUAUGUUCUACAGGGACGCAGACAAACAGUGGUGUAACAGUUCGACUGACCCUCAGGCAUACAGUGGUACAUCGUUUCAGCAGGUGUUUAUAAUAGUAUUAAUAAUUAUAUUAUGUUAUAUAUCAUGUAUUAUUUAUUAAUGUCGAUAGCAACAGUAAAUCAUUUUUUGUAACAUUUCAAUAUUUUGGAGUCGGCGGAUUGUUAAUUAACUUUUAUAUGGUUUGGCCAAAAACGGAUAUAAAACGUCCUGGUGCGACUUCUUUAAAAUAUGAUUUAUUUUCGAAAUAUUUUUAUUUGUGUUGUCUGCUGUAUUCAGUCAGGUGUAGCUAUCGGUAGAGAAGUGGCAGAUGUUUCCCGCUGAUUUGUCUUCAGAUAGAUACAUUUAUCAAUAGCAAUUAGCAAGGUAACAUCUCAUAGCAUAGAUAGUAGUAUAUACUGUGUCUAUAGCAAGAUAACCCUAUUAAUCCGGACGAUCCCAGUGAAACUGUCCUGAUUAACGAAAUUCUGUAUAAACGAGUAAUGGCUACAUUGUGUCAUCCUUUUGAUUAUAAACAUUUUUUCCAGAACAAAAUCGAUCGGUAAUGUUGGUUCCCGGGCUGACGGGGUAUUAUAUUUAAUAUCACCGUGCCCAUCGGUGCAUUAUGUCAGUUAUGUCACCAGUCGUAUGACAGUUGACAUCCAGGUGCUGUGUAGUGACAUCCAAACAGGUGAGGGAUGCUAGUUAGUGGCUGACCCCUCUGUGCCCAAGCAUUCAGCGUUUAACCCCAAUCUAUGGUCAGUGUGUUCCCCUCACUACAUAUGGGAAUUUCCAAUUCAAAAUUCAUACAAUUGCAAGUUGAAAUAUCGUUUGGUCAUAUCGCCCCUCUGCGAAGUACGUAUUAUGUCGGAAAGUGCACGUUAAAUCUUUUAAUCAGCAUCAGCAUCAGCAUCAGCAUCAUCGUCGUCGCAAGCGACAUUGUGGAAGCUACAGGGAGUGGAUGGGGCACUUAAGGGACACUUUGAACCUAUGACAUGUGUUGUUCGUCUUGAAAACAGAUAGUAUAUUUUAGGAACAGCUAAACCUUGCAUUAUAUAGGACAAGGACCGGAUCAGGUCGGUAUAUUUAUAUAAGCUAUAAGGUUUAUUUGGGCACACACUUGUUACUGAGUUUGGUCAAGUUUGAAAUAGAAUUAAAUGAGGCCAACUUAUUCAGAGGCAGGCGGAAGUGUUUGUAGGCACGCUGGAGAGUAGGAGUGGAAUAACAGUUUUAUUGCCUACAGGCUCCUUCACUCACUAUCACAGAGAAAGAAAAUGGAAAAUAAUGGAACUCUUUGUCUCUCAGAUUACCGUAGUGUAGGGAAUAAAUCGGUGUACAAUUCAGUAUGGGGGUAAACGGGUGGAAGAGUGACCCUGUCGUGAUGAUCGCAGAACAACAUGAAGGCUCAAAGCAUGAUUGAUAUUCAGAUAAUUCUGACAGUGUUUAACCUAAUUUUGAUACAGUUUACAUAUAUACCAUUGACUAUAAUAUGUUUAUUUUUUUUAUUUACGUUUACCUCAACAUCUUUGUUUUGUGUUUAUUCAUUCAAUGUUAUAGUUGAUUUAAAUACUGGUAUGGACAUCCACAUAAACACCAGUUACAUGGCAGGUACACUUUGUGCAAAUCUUGAAACCGGUUGUAUGUUUUGUUUAUUGUCUGUAUAUUUCCAUAUUAAUGUUGUGAUUAUACAGGUGGUCUUAUAGUACAGGUGACCUUGGUAAAAGCGCUGGAAUGUCGAACUAUGAGUGAAUGGGGGUUUAAGCGGUAGUGUGCUUUGUAUCCGGUAUUUACGGUAGUGUUCAUUGCCGUUUCUCCCUGGAUUAGUAACAACUUGGGUAAUGUAUGCAUGAACCUGAUGUUGAACCAUGUUCAGGCAGGUGUUUUGUAAGUAGCUCAUUUAAACAGUACCCAUGUAAGUUUAUUGUAACGCGUGAGUGUAAUACCCGACCCUGUAAAAUAUGGAACCUGUCAUGAGCGUUUCCGUUCCAAGGCAAAAUGUCCAGGGCCCACUUGCACAAAGCGAUCAUAGCGCUACGACUAUCUUAAGCCUAUAUUGUAACGCUAAGAUUGCUUUGUGCAAGUGGGCCCAGGUUAACAAAUAGCCCGAUUAAGAAGUGUUCGGAUUAACAGAAUGUCUGGUUUAACACAUGUCCAUGUCAACUGAAUAUCGAUUCAGUGGGUAUGGAGUUUAUCAUCUGAAAACCAGGAUCCGGACAAAUGAGUGUUUGCUGUAAGAAGGUUUAGUAUGACUUUCAACCAAGACACGACAUGUGACGUUCAGGGCCUCCUUUCACAAAGCACUAAAGUGAUAACUUGUUUAAUCACUAAGGUAACCUUAGUGCAAUGUUAAAGAAUGGGAGUUAAGGUUAACCUCAGUCAUGGUUGCUUCGUGAAAGAAGCCCCUGGACUAAGACACAAGCGAGGUAAUCUCCCGCUGACUUACAUUGUUUACGAUACCUGCCGAUGGCUCUUGUGAUGCAAACUUUACAAACAUUUAUUCCUAUGUGCUACAGUUACAUUUUGACUUGUAGUCCGAUAGUUCUGGGAAGUACGAAUCAAUGUGUGUGUCCUUUAUGUGUUGUGAUCUCACGCCGUUCAUUCCAUAGACAAACGCAGUGUCAGCUGAUUGUGUCAAGCUUUUUGGGAAAUGGUCUGUGUCAACAUUUUCUCAUGGAAUAAACAGAUUAUCACUUUUCGGA